AUGGUAGUAGUGAGCAUUUGCCUCGCCAUCGAGCAGCAACAGAACAGGUGUGACAAGGACGGGGAAGGCGACGACGACGAGGAGGAGGAGGGCAGGGAGGAGGAAGACGACGACGACGAGGACCAGGACGAGGAGCAGGAGCAGGAGCAGGAGCAGGAGCAGGAGCAGGAGCAGGAGCAGGAGGAGAAGGAGGAAGAGGAGGAGGAAGAGGAGGAGGAGGAGGAGGAGGAGGAGGAGGAGGAGGAGGAGGAGGAGGAGGAGGAGGAGGAGGAGGAGGAGGACGAGGAGGAAGAGGAGGAGGAGGAGGAGGAGGAGGAGGAGGAGGAGGAGGAGGAGGAGGAGGAGGAGGAGGAGGAAGAGGAGGAGGAGGAGGAGGAGGAAAAGGAGGAGGAGGAGGAGGAGGAACUGUACUGUAUGGUUUGUCCACUCGCUCAGUUUUUGUUGGCAGAGUGGUUCGGAGCGGCAGUGCGUGGUGCUGGGCCGUUGUGUGUGGUCAUUGGUGGUGUUGAGUGCCCGUGA